UUAAACCGAAUAGUAAAGCAGCGGCGCGUUGACCGAGUGCACCUUUGUCAGGCGUCUGGACUGUACGAAUAAUUUCGAUCGCGAGCGCAAUUCUCAACCUGUUUUACAGUAAAAAGAAACAAUUUGGUAAUUUAUCUAAAACUACAGUCAUUCCAUUAAUUGUAGAGCUGCGUUUUAGUGAUAUUUGGUGCGUUUUACCGGUGUGAUGAAUAUUUUAACCUUACAAAAAUAGUGAAAAUCCCAUGCAUUUAUAUUUAAGAAUUGCGUGCGUUAUCUGAGUUUGCGGCUAUACCUACUAUAAAUAAAUCGGUUAUCACUCCAUGGCAGAUUCAUGGUGUACCACAAUACACGUGGUGUUUCCCGCCAUGGCAAAACCUGUGUGAUGCAAUUUCUGCGUGAAGAUACUCAGACUUUCUGAAUAAAUUAUCACAAUUAUAUAAUGUGUAUGCUUUAGACAUUUAAUAAUAAGGCUUUUGGAUUUUUGAAAGAUUUUGUAAUAGUAUCAAAAUGGCAAAAGUGUCGGCUACCGAAGGACUUACGCCAAAGGCGAUGGACGUGGGCAGUGAGAGUAGUGGGCAAGAUUCAGGGGAAGGAGUGCGGUUGAAGAAGGAGUUGAGCCUGAUGAAUGGCGUGGCGAUCAUCGUGGGGGUGAUCGUGGGGUCUGGGAUCUUCGUGUCCCCAAACUUGGCGCUGCGGUACUCGGGCUCCAAGGGUAUGGCGCUCAUCGUGUGGGUGCUAUCGGGAUUCCUCUCAAUGAUCGGCGCGUUAUGCUACGCGGAACUAGGUACAAUGAUCCCCAAAUCGGGUGGUGACUACGCGUACAUUGGGGAGGCUUUUGGUCCACUGCCCGCGUUCCUGUAUCUCUGGGUGGCUCUGUUCAUCCUGGUGCCUACGGGGAACGCUAUCACCGCUCUCACCUUCGCACAGAACAUACUGCAGCCGCUGUGGCCGGCGUGCUCGCCGCCACACGUCGCCGUCACGCUCAUAGCGGCGGUCAUUACCUGCUUCCUCACGGUAAUAAACUGCUACAACGUCAAAUGGGUGACGCGAGUCCAAGACUCCUUCACCGCCGCAAAGAUUUUGGCCUUCGUGGUAACGUUUGUGGCUAGUCUGUGGUACUUAUUCUCCGGGCACACGGAGAACCUCAAUUCGAUGAUGCAGGGCACCAUCACGGAGCCAGGGAAGCUGGCUAUAGCUUUCUACACCGGCCUGUUUUCUUACUCCGGGUGGAACUACCUCAACUUUGUGACGGAAGAACUGAAGGAACCGUAUAAAAACCUUCCCCGCGCCAUCUGCAUUUCAAUGCCAGUCGUGACACUAGUGUACGCACUGACCAACGUGGCCUACUUCGCCGUGUUGACGAACGACGAGAUCCUGUCCUCAGAGGCCGUGGCCGUGACGUUCAGCAAGAAGAUCCUCGGAGUGGUGGCCUGGAUCAUGCCUCUGUUCGUGGCAAUGUGCACCUUCGGCUCGCUUAACGGCGCCAUCUACGCGUCCUCUCGGCUGUUCUUUGUCGGAGCCAGGAAUGGCCAUUUGCCGCUCGCGAUCUCGCUUAUCGAUGUUAGGCGGUUGACACCAGUGCCCUCGUUGAUAUUUAUGUGUCUCGUCACCUUAAUCGUGCUGCUGACCAGCGACCUGGAGUCGCUAAUCGUGUACGUGACGUCAGUGGAGGCGCUGUUCACGCUGUGCUCAGUGGCAGGCCUGCUGUGGAUGCGGCACACGCGGCCGCUACUGAUGCGCCCCAUCCGAGUCAGCCUCGUCCUCCCCAUCGCCUUCCUCAUCAUCUGCACUUUCGUCGUCAUCUGCUCCUGCUUCAACCACCCCAAGGAGGUCGGCGUCGGCAUCGCCUUCAUCGCCCUCGGCGUCCCAGUCUACUACAUCUUCAUAAAGUGGCAACACAACCUCAAAUGGCUCGAAUCCGCCUGCAAUAGCUUCAACAUCACCUGCUCAAAACUAUUCAUGUGCUUGCCAGAAAACUCCAAGGAAUUAUGAUCUUACAAACUAACUUCAGAGUGGUUCUAUUCAAUCUAUUAGUUUACUAUAAGUAACUUAUAUAUUAGUGAGCGCUGUGCUUUACGAUAAAUGAUCUGUCUUAUACUUUAAUGACUAUGAUUCCUAUGCAUCUUAAGUUAAGUUUUUAAUAAUAAACAUUAAAUACGA